CAACUAAACAUCUGGGAUGUCGGGCCUAACUAAGUUGAACUAACAAAGGCUAUUCCGAAACAACCAUUUUUGGCCCGACGGAAUGGACAUCAUUCGCUGCCCUCCAUUCUGCCCAGAGAAGCUGACGGGUCAUUAUCGAUGCCGACGGGGAUCUGGUCGCUCCCCGUCUCAGGGUGCACAGAGUCUCACAGGGUGAUGCGAGUAACAAAACCUACGCCCGUGCUACGUUUUCUUAUAUAUUUACUUACCCAGCUUUCGUCCUCUUCUAGAUAUUGCAGACAGACUUUCAGAAGAAUCUGAAGUCAUUCUGCUGCUCUUACAAGCAAAACCUUCAUGAUGGCUGAACCCUUCUCUAUCUUUGGCUUCAGCUUGCCAACCUUUGGGAUCCUCAUUGGUUGCCUCGCAGUCUCUUUCUACUUCGCAUACCAGAAAGCGCUUCCAAAGCCCAUCCCAGGGAUCCCCUACAAUAAGGAAGCAACGAGCUCUCUCCUCGGCGAAGUGAUACCCAUGGUAAAGCAUGUCAACAAGACGAAAGAGAUCAUGGAUUGGAUGGUGGAGCACAACAUCAAGCACAAUUCGCCGAUCGUACAGGUGUUCACGAGACCAUUUGCCCGCCCAUGGGUUCUGGUUGCUGAUUACAAAGAGGCGCAAGAUGUGUUGUUGAGACGAACGAAGGAGUUCGACAGAGCGAACUUCUUCGGCGAUAUCUUCUUAGGCCUGCUUCCUAAGCAUCACAUUUCAAUGAAGUCUCAUGACGAAGAGUUUAAGAAGCAUCGAAGAUGGCUGAUGGACCUAAUGACGCCCGGUUUUCUCAAUGGGAUCGCGGCUCCUCACAUUUAUACUGCCUGUGACGACAUGCUAGACGUGUGGCAGGAGAAGGCGAGACUUGCCCAAGGCCAUGCCUUCGAGGCACCAAGUGAUGUGUACCAUGCUGCCCUCGAUGCAGUUUGGUCGCUUGUAUUUGGUGCAGAUAUUUCCAACAGCACCACCAAGUCUGCUUUCAGAAGUUUGUCGUCCAUGCAGAGCCUUCAACUUCCGACCGGCAUCAACCAAGAAGUAAAGAUACCAGAAGCGCCACUACCAACUAGCAUGGCAGCCAUUGUCUCGCUUGUUGACACUCUAGCCAUCACCAUCACAUCUCCUCAUCCAGUUUUCGUUCAUUGGUUGAUUCGCCAACUCCCAAGCUAUCGCAGAAAUGCCAAAGUCAGAGAUGAUCUCAUUCGAGAUGAAGUUGAGAAGACAAGGAUCAGGUUUGAGGGAAAGAGGGAAAAGGAUGUCGAUGUCAGAUGCGCGAUGGACGACAUCAUGAGAAGAGAAUUGAGCGCAUGCGAAAAGGAAGGAAGAGCACCGAUGUAUCAUUCACGUGCCAUGUAUGACGAAAUCUUCGGACUUGUCGUUGCUGCACACGAUACGACCUCCACAACCUUAACCUGGGCGUUGAAGUUCCUUGCAGAUUACCCUGAAGUUCAGGAUAAACUACGAACUGAGCUUUUCUCUGGCCAUGCCACCGCGGUUUCCGAAAAGAGGAAGCCGACAGCUGCAGAGAUCGCCAAAAUCAGCAUUCCAUACCUUGACGCAACACAAGAAGAAAUUGUCCGCUGUUCUCUUACAGAAGCAGGCGUCGUCCGUACGGCCACCGCAGAUGUCGAGCUUCUGGGAAAGAUCAUUCCUAAAGGAACGGAUGUGUUCUUCAUGGGCAACGGCCCCAGCAUCUUCUCGCCAGCCUUCCAGAUUGAUGACUCGCUUCGAAGUCCAACAGCCUUGUCGGCCAAGGAACGAAUUGGGUCAUGGGAUCCGUCCGAUAUGGCGAAGUUCCAUCCCGAGAGAUGGCUCGUGGAUGGCGAGAAGGGAGGAAAGGAGUUCAGUGGUGCGGCGGGUCCGCUACUCACGUUUGGAAUGGGACCGAGAGGCUGCUAUGGAAGACGACUGGCGUAUGUUGAGAUGAAAAUCUUCCUGACGCUGAUUGUGUGGACGUUUGAGUUGCAGAAGUGUCCUGCGGAACUUUCGGGUUAUGGCUCAGUUGAUAAGUUGACACAUGCACCACAGCAGUGUUAUGUGAGGCUGAAGAAGGUUUCUUAGUGGGUCAGACUGGGUGCUUCAAACAUGUCUUACGAUUUAUGAUCCAGCUGUUGUGGAAAAGUGAGUGUGGCUUGAGGUUUUGUUACAGAACGCAAUGGCUGAAUCAACUAUACAUUGGAUCCACUAUCCCUCGUUGACACUUGCAC